AUGAUCUAUCUAUCUAUCUAUCUAUCUAUCUAUCUAUCUAUCUAUCUAUCUAUCUAUCUAUCUAUCUCAGCCUCUUUCUAUCUUUCUAUCUAUUUAUCUCAGCCUGUUUCUAUCUAUCUAUCUAUCUAUCUAUCUAUCUAUCUAUCUACUAAAAUUAACAUGCAAAAAAUUAUAUACAUCUCACUAUCUAUCUAUACCUGCUCAAUAUUAUUUCUGUCUUUCUCUCGCUCCCUUCCCUCAUCCUCUCUUCUCUCUCUAUCUUCCUAUUUUUCCCAGUUUGCUCAUAUCUAUCUAUCUAUCUAUCUAUCUAUCUAUCUAUCUAUCUAUCUAUCUCUGUUCAAUCCUAUUUCUCCCCCUCUUUCUUUCUUUCUUUCUUUCUUUCUUUGUCUACUCAUUAUCUAUCUAUCUAUCUAUCUAUCUAUCUAUCUAUCUAUCUAUCUAUCUAUCUAUCUCUGUUCAAACCUAUUUCUCCCCCUCUUUCUUUCUUUCUUUCUUUCUUUCUUUCUUUCUUUCUUUCUUUCUUUCUUUUUUCUUUUCUUUUUCUUUGUCUACUCAUUAUCUAUCUAUCUAUCUAUCUAUCUAUCUAUCUAUCUAUCUAUCUAUCUAUCUCUGUUCAAUCCUAUUUCUCCCCCUUUCUUUCUUUCUUUCUUUCUUUCUUUCUUUCUUUCUUUCUUUCUUUCUUUCUCGGUCUACUCAUUAUCUAUCUAUCUAUCUAUCUAUCUAUCUAUCUAUCUAUCUAUCUAUCUAUCUAUCUGUUGUGCGAGAUAA